UAGGAUCCAGCCACCUCAGACAAGGCUGUGCCGUUUCCAUGGUUCCGCUCAUACGAUCUGCAGUCGAUUAAUGACCCUGCGCACAGCUACGGAAGUACAAGCUAACACGUGGAAACAGUACAAUGGGAAUUUCGCUUUAGAUUUUUGGGGAUACGUAGUGAUUUUUCCACAGUUUGUAUUCAUUGUAGAAACGGAAGACAAGUUUACUGUCUGGUCAUUUUUCUUCGACUAUAUUAGUAUGGCCGAGAGUACAGAAGAAGAUGAUUCUGCGUACAUCAUCAAAGACGGGGACUAUGUUGUGUUAAAACGAGGGGACAUUUACAAAGCUGUUCAAAUUCAAAUAAAAAAGAAGGUGAUGUUUGAGAAACAAUGGCUUUUCUUAGAAAAAGCAGUUGGACAGCUGUAUAGUACUGCGUUUGAAGUAGUGUCCGGAGGUCAUCUAGAACCUCAGAAGGCGAAGACCACAGAGAGUUCCACAGAUGCUCAAGAGGCGGGCUCAGACAACAGGAACAUAGUGGACGACGGGAAGUCUCAGAAACUCACCAGGGACGACAUUGAGACACUCAAAGAGCAAGGACUCAAGGGACAGGAAAUCAUCCAGCAGCUCAUCGACAACAGCUCCACCUUCCGAGACAAGACUGAGUUUUCGCAGCAGAAGUACAUCAAGAAGAAAAAGAAAAAGUAUGAAAGCACCAUCACGGUCCUCAGACCCUCCUGUCGCAUACUGGCCAUGAUGUACCACGGCCGAGAACCGGGGAAGAUCUGCCAUCUGAGGUACGAUACACUGGCUCAGAUGCUGACUCUGGGAAACAUCCACGCGGGCGGAAAAGUCCUGGUGUUCGAGACGUGCGCCGGCCUCGUCCUGGGAGCGGUGAUGGAGAGGAUGGGGGGCUACGGUAAAGUGGUCCAGAUGUACCCAGGGGACGGGCCGGUGCAGGCGGGCCUGGAGAGCUUCGGCUUCCCCCCUCACUUCCACGACACGCUGCACACCUUUCCCAUCGGCCACGUCAAUGCUCUGCUGGCGGGCACGCUGGACACCGGCCCGCCCAAGGAACUCGCGGCUGUAUCCUCAGACGCAAGCGUCCCCAGCAAGGAAGGAGAGGAAGCUGGACGGACAAACGCAGACACUGGGGGUGACGGAAGCGGAGAAGGAGAAGGCAAAACAGAGGAAGUUAAGAUGGAGAUCACUCCAGCCGAGGUGGAGCAGAAUGAGAGGGAGAAGUUGAAGGCCAUCAGACUUCAGGAGAGGCAGGACAGGAUGGAGGUGAAGAGGAAGAAGCUGGCAGUGGCUGCGGCCCUGCUGGAAGGGAAGAACGCCGAUGGGUUAAUCAUCGCCAGCCGGUUCCACCCCUCUCCGGUUCUGCUGGGCCUGAUCAAGUUCCUGGCUCCCUCCAGACCCUUUGUGGUGUACUCCCAAUACAAAGAGCCCCUCAUCGAGUGCUACACAAAACUCAAGGAGAACAGCAACAAGGAGCACUGUGCCGUGAUCAACCUCCAACUCACCGACUCCUGGCUCAGGCAUUACCAGGUGCUUCCCAACCGAACGCAUCCCGUGCUACAGAUGAGCGGGGGUGGCGGGUACCUCCUCUCGGGCACCACGGUCGACAUGCAAUACGCCAAAGCCGCGACGAGUAGCCAGCAGGCCGUCGAGCAACCGCCGGCCAAGAAGCUAAAGCUAACCGGUAGUGAAGGCUAACGGGUCGGGGGCGUGUGGCUAACAUCCGUGACGGAGCUACGCCGGAGGGCAGGUCAACAGCGCGCCGCUGGGAAAUAUUCAGCCUAUCCGAACUCUCACUGUGUUAUGUUAAGGAAACGUUCUCUGUGCUGCUAAGAAGAACGGACAGGCCGGAGUCUCAUCCCUUUAAGACGAGCCGUUGUAUUUUUUUUUAUCCCAUAAUACUCUCCAGCUCUGAGGCUCUUGCUGAGAGAAUGUUUUUUUGGUUGUUUCUAUUUUAUUUACUUUGCACUGUGGAUGACAUCUACUUGCUGCAUGUAAUUAAAUAGUUAUUUAAAACGAUUCCCGCUCUGUAAUUAUCUGACUGGUAAAUAUAACAAUUGCAAAGAAUUAAUUUGGUCCCAGAUUAAUUUUAUUGCACACACAACAAAACAUUAUGAACAUCGUUUAAUCUACAAAGAUAUCGAAGUCAUUCCCAUGCUAAAUAGGUUGGUUACAUCAUCGACUAUACGAAUACAAUGAUGGGCAAACUGUUCAAAUCUUUUUUGGCACGGCUAAUAUUGAUAAUUUAUUCCUAUAUAACGCCUUAAGCACAGAAAUAGGGUAGCCAUAGGAUUCACUGAUGGUCACUGCCAGGCCUGGCUCACUGUGUAUUUCCAUGCAGCUUGGCAGCCAUCAUCUUCAGUUCUGUCAACGCUGCCAAAUUGUCAUUCCCCAUUUCCUAAAGACGAGGAGAAGGAAAAAGUAAUUAAGAAAAUUAAUAUGGACAGCAAUGCUGUCUUGUAGAACCACCCUAAGAGUCGUGAAAGUUUCCCGCCGCAAAACAAUAUCAACACACAUCCAAAAUGUCAAAGUAUGCUGUUCUUCAAAAGCCUCCACUUGCAUUCUAAACACGUGGUUAUAGUUGCUGACACCUCAACCUUGUUCCACUCGAUAAAUGUUGGCGUUAAUGCCAUUCAAUACGAUCAGCGAUCACAAUCAAAAUAUCAGCUUGCAUGUUUCACUGUUUAAAAGCCCCCCCACACACACACACACACACACACACACACACACACACACACACACACACACACAAUGCAAUGCCCUGUCUUUGGAACUAAUGAAAAGUUUCAUGAAGGGUGUUUGUCUGGAGCAGUUCUUGGAGGGUCCAUUUAAUCACGCUGCAAAAGAUGACAAGCAGAAAAUAAAAU